CUCACAACCCUAUCAAAAAUCAAGAGUGCAAACGUAACCUUAUAAUACCAUAAAGUAGAUGUUUAUUUAUGUUUUGAUUUCCGUGUCACUUCGUUAUUUAUAUUUGGUUGUGUCUCGUCGGUUUCAUGCCGGUAGUUUAAUAUAUAAACUCUGCAAACAAAACUAUAUAUAUGUUAAACUAUGAAUGUUACAGUCUUAUUUUAGAACAAUAUUAUUGGCAGUAUUAUGUAGUAUUUGCUUGAUACAUACUUUUUAAUAACUUUUGUGAUUAAGCUGAACAAUAAGAGUUUCUUUUGGAUUUGUAAGGAAAUUUACAGUUUAACAGUCAGUUUAAUGAAAAUAUUUUUAAAUAUAGAGGUAAAAUCAAAUAUGGAACUUUCAAAACGAAUGUACUCCACAUAAGAGUAGACUACAAUUGAGAAAUUUUAAAUAUAGGUACAAUACACAAUGGCUGGCCCAUUUUGGGGUUCUGAGAAACUUUUCUUCUGGAUACGAAACGUCAUUCGCAUCCUAAAUGAAAAGCGCCAUGAAGAUUCAACCGAAAUCGAACUUGCCUGCGGAAUAGAGCGAAUAAGGCUACACAAAUUAGAGCAACAUGUAGAAAACGUCAUCAUGCACUACCUAGAAACGUAUAUCCGGAAAGAAGUAGCUCCAAUGUUCUGGACUAAUUUCAAAGUUGUUUCAAACGAGAAGCAAGGGUUCGAAGCUUUUCAGCGAGCGGUCAAUGAAUUAUAUUCCAGUUUCGAUCCGGUGCUACCUCCCUUAAACCAAUUAGAAGAAAUAAUCAAAUAUGACAAACCCAGAUACAAUACCAAGAAGAACAUCAAAGAGCGAUUCAAAAUGCUAGUUGGAGCCACACUGUUCAGUCAGAUUCCUCUACAUCACGACAUUAUCAUAGAACAUUUCUAUAAGAUAGCCUUCAAAGUAUUUUGCAACAGCGACACAAACAUCGAUAUCUCCGAAAAUUUCACUACUGAGUGUCGUGGCUGUGCCCAAGACCAGGAAAGAUGCCAGUGCCAAGUGAUAAUCUACAUGUUCCAUGAGACGAACAGAAAAUUAUUAGAGCUAGGAUUACUGGAACGACUUGUGGGCAACGUCCUCACAUCUUUGAUUAACAUCCGGAUUAAGAACUACGUGAGCCACACCUGUAACAGAAGCUUCGACACAUCCUUGAUAGUUCCCCUAAAAGAUUGGCUAGGAACCGUAGUCUUGAGCUGGCUUGUCAGAAUCUACUCUGGGUCUUCCGAAAGAACCGUCAUCCCCCAGAAAACAAUAGACGCGAUCGAGACCUUCAAGCAGAAACUCCAACAUUUUAUGCACGAAACAUAUACGAAAGUUAGGAUCGAACAGCUGUUCAAUAUAAUAAUAGAAUACCCUGCAUCCCUUCCAGCGAUCUUGGAUCUCCGCACUUGUCUGAUAAGAACAGAUUUACGUAAAAACCUAAUUGACACUUUGCAAGAAGCUUUCAAAACUAGACUUUUACAUCCUGGAGUCACCACUCAGGAUAUUUUGACUGCAUAUAUCGCAGCGAUUAAAGUCCUCAGGCAAUUGGAUCCAACAGGGGUGCUUUUGGAAACGACAACUGAGCCUAUUAAAUUUUAUUUGAGAAGCCGGGAGGACACGGUUCGAUGUGUGGUGACCAGUUUAGUGGAAGAUUCGGACAGUGAUUUGGCUGACGAACUCGCUAAAGGUGAGUCUUACCAGAUAGAUGAAGCUUCCGGAGAAGAGGAGACUGAAAACUGGGAAAAGUGGAUGCCAGAUCCAGUCGAUGCUGAUCCUGCUAGAUCAACCCAGCGGAAAAUGUCGGACAUAAUAUCGAUGUUGAUCAGUGUUUAUGGUAGCCAGGAUCUGUUUGUGAACGAGUACAGAACUCUGCUUGCGGAUAGGCUACUUUCUCAGAUGAAAUAUCAUACUGAAAAAGAGAUUAGACACUUAGAGCUGCUGAAGAGAAGAUUUGGAGAACACCAGCUGCACUACUGCGAAGUGAUGUUGAAGGACGUCUACGACUCGAAACGAAUUGAUGGGAAUAUUCAAUCGGAUGCUAAUUACUGUUUGGAGAAAGAAGACUUUACGACAUCAGCUUUGAUUUUGUCAGCUCAGUUUUGGCCUCCAUUUAAAGAAGAAUGGAAACUGGAAUUACCAAAAAUAGUUCAGAAUCAGUUAAGUCGUUAUGUCAAGGCCUUCGAGGCUCUAAAAGGAAACAGAACCCUCUGCUGGAAGCCUCAUCUAGGGGACGUUAAUGUAGAAAUUGAACUGAAAGACAGGAAAUUGAAUCUUAAUGUAACUCCAAUUCAUGCAACGAUUAUCUUACACUUUCAAGAGAAACACGAAUGGACUUUAGAGAAGUUGUCUGAAGUUGUUCACGCACCAACUACUGUGCUUCGAAGGAAAAUUGCAUUUUGGGUGACACAUGGAGUUUUGAAGGAGACAUCCAAUGACACUUACACUCUUCAGGAAGAAAGUAGUUCGAAGAGUCAUUCCGUGACUGAGAUAGUUGAAGAUGAUGAGGGAGAGAGUGCUAUGGCCUCUACGAGCGAUCAGAGGGAAGGGGAGUUGCAAGUUUUUUGGUCUUAUAUUGUUGGAAUGCUGACCAAUCUUGAUUCAAUGCCACUUGAGAGGAUUCAUCAAAUGUUAAAGAUGUUUGCUUCGCAAGGAUCAGGGACUGUGGAAUGUAGUUUGUCAGAUUUGAAGCUGUUCUUAGAUAGGAAAGUGAGAGAACACCAUUUAAUACUUUCGGGAAAUUUAUACAGAUUACCAAAAACGUGAAUUAUUAUGAGUGAAUAUGAUUAAACUGUUGUUCAAUCUAGAUUUAUUUCUAGGUUGCAUGUCUGAUAUUUUCAAUUGACUAAUUUGAAAGCAUUUAAGUUUGAAAUCUUCUGAAUGUAAAAACUUUUUUUAAUACCCUUAUUGAAACUAAUACCAUUGGGAAAUGAUCCAAAUAUGUUAGUUUUAAAAAUGAAAAGCUUUCAAAUUCGACUGGAUUGUCGCUGAGUCGUGACCUUAAUUGUAUCACUACCUAGUGUAAAUUAUACUAGUAUUGUACAGUGUAUUCAUAGUAGGAGUUAUUAAAAACCUUUUUUAUAUUU